GGCGCGGGACGUGGUGCCGCGUCUUCACAGGCUUAAAGGGCGGGGCGGCGGAGCAUGUGUGCGCUGUUGAGGCUGCUGCUCGCCUGGCACCGGAUCCGUGCAUGCCUGUCUCUGGCCAGACGGUGAGGCUGGCGUCUGCGAGGACGCGGCGGUGCAGCACAAGGGCAGCCCUUGUACUGAGAGGCCGGGCAUCCCUCUCGGAGGCUGGACAGCCCCGGCUCCGCGGGGGUCGCAGCUCGGCAGGCAGCGGGGAUCAUGGCAUCUCUGGCGGACCGAGUGCGGGGCAACGGGCGAAUAGCCGCUGGGCUCCUGUUCAACCUGCUGGUGUCCAUCUGCAUCGUCUUCCUUAACAAAUGGAUCUAUGUGCAUCACGGCUUCCCCAAUAUGAGCCUGACCCUGGUGCAUUUCGUGGUCACCUGGCUGGGCUUGUACAUCUGCCAGAAACUGGAUAUCUUUGCCCCCAAAAGUCUGCCUCCCUCCAAGCUCCUCCUUCUGGCCCUCAGCUUCUGCGGCUUUGUGGUCUUCACCAACCUUUCUCUGCAGAACAACACCAUAGGCACCUAUCAGCUGGCCAAGGCCAUGACCACGCCGGUGAUCAUAGCCAUCCAGACCUUCUGCUACCAGAAAACCUUCUCCACCAGAAUACAGCUCACGCUGAUUCCUAUAACUUUAGGUGUAAUCCUAAAUUCUUAUUACGAUGUGAAGUUUAAUUUCCUUGGAAUGGUGUUUGCUGCUCUUGGUGUUUUAGUUACAUCCCUUUAUCAAGUGUGGGUAGGAGCCAAACAGCAUGAAUUGCAAGUGAAUUCAAUGCAGCUGCUGUACUACCAGGCCCCGAUGUCAUCUGCCAUGUUACUGGUCACUGUGCCCUUCUUUGAGCCAAUGUUUGGAGAAGGAGGAAUAUUUGGUCCCUGGUCAGUUUCUGCUUUGCUUAUGGUGCUGCUAUCUGGAGUAAUAGCUUUUAUGGUGAACUUAUCAAUUUAUUGGAUCAUUGGGAACACUUCACCCGUCACCUAUAACAUGUUUGGACACUUCAAGUUCUGCAUUACUUUAUUUGGAGGAUACGUCUUAUUUAAGGAUCCACUGUCCAUUAAUCAGGGUCUUGGCAUUUUAUGUACAUUAUUUGGCAUUCUCGCCUAUACCCACUUUAAACUUAGUGAACAGGAAGGUGGCAAGAGUAAACUCGUACAACGUCCUUAAUUCAGUUUUUGUGGAGAAGAGAAUGUUGCCUCAAGGAGAUAAAAAGUGUUGUUGUGUGUACAAGUUAUUUUCAAAAAAAUUAUAGUGUGAAAUUCAUUGAAUGAUUUUCAAGAAGUAACAAAAAGGAAAUUUUAUUCAUAAAAUGACUUAAGUCCUCUUUUUUUUUAGAUCUUAAUUCUCUAAACCAAAUGGUUUGUGCUUCUUUACAAAGAUGAUUAUAUGAAGUAUAUAGGAUAGUUUGGUUAUACCAAGCACAUGAAAAUUAAAGUUCUGUGAUAAUGACAAAGGAAUUACUGUUAUUGUGCUACAAAUGUGUUGUGGUUCUCAGUGUUCGUUCUCUUCUAAGGAAGGACACACAGGACCUAUUUGCUAGUAGUUGGUUUCUCAAUGUGAGAUUUGUUAUAAUUUUGGUCAGACUGUUCAAAUCAAUUUAAAUCUAGCAUUUCUAUUUUAAUUGGUUUAGUUUAACUUCCUGAUUAUUUAUAGAAAUGAAAUAUCAUUUAUAAAGUAUAAUAGAGAAGAUGACCAUAAGACCAAAUCCAAUUCUAAAAGCACUAUUUUUCUAGCAGAAAGUUGAUGUAAGAAGUUGUAUAUUAUCCAGAAAAACUACGAUUUUUAUGGGUCUUCUCUCGUUUUUUAGCUUUCAGUGAACUGUAGAAACCAUGCGGAGUUAAAAAACAAAAUGUUUUUUGGCUCAAAAGCCGUGAUUAAAUGGCUCAAAGAAAGGAUAAUAGAUGGAAUUGAACAGAUUUAUUGGCCCGGUAACUGUUUGCCCGGCCAUUUUGAGCAUUUCAUAUUGAUAAUUUCUUAAUACCCCUCCCUGCUACCACUCCCUAGCCCUGCAUUUGAGGCAUCCACGGAGCUUUCUGAACACUAGGCAGAAACUUGGUGAAAAUAUGAGGAAAGAUUUGAAAGAGAAGUAGAAAAAUGAUUAACUAGUUCCAUGAGUUUUUACAGUGAUCAUUUUUAAAAAUUGGGGUAUUUAGAGGAAAUCCAUGAUUUCCACUUAAGGAAAUAAUAGUGCCACAUAUUUAAUUGCAAAAUAUAUUUCUGCCUUCUACCUUUUUGACAAUUGACUAUUAAAAACAGUUCUUGAUCAUCUCAUAUAAUACAUUGAGAAAUCAUUCCUCUUGUAAUAAAUAAUACUUUUUCUAAAUGUUGAGAAAACUCUUAAGUAAACAAAGAGCCACAUAUACAAAAUACGCCUUUCAGUAAGAUGGUAAAUUUUAUGUUAUAUGGUUUUUACCACAGUAAAGCACAUACACGCUAACCCCCCUUUUGGGUUUUUUAGGAUUUUUUUCCUAGACUGUUAGAAGUGAGAAGCCUCACUGAAACUCUAUUUUGAAGAAUUUCAACUUGUCACUCAAUCUAUUGUGUGAUUAGUGUAUGUGGUUUCCCGUUUUUGUUUUAAGUAUUCUUUGGUUCUUCUCGGUAUAUUUUAUUGUGCUAAAAGGUAACAAAGCAUUUGUUUUUGCCGGAUAAGCCUCGAGUAUUAUGUUUGUCUAAGAAACAUUUUCUGUGUAUGUUUAAAUUAACAUAAUUAUUUCUCAAAAGCUGGAGCAAAGUGUUUCAGCACCGUGAGGAUUAUUUGAUUUCUGUGCACUGAGAGCAGCUGAGUUGAUCUGUGCCACGUACAAAUUCUUAACUGUAAAUAAAACUUGGGGAGGGAGUUGUAAAAAAUGUGUCAAUAGGAAUGCAGUAAGAUGGCUGCAGCAAGACAGGGUAGGGGCACAUGUAUAAUAAUGAAUAAAAUAUGUAUUGCUAGAAUUAGAGUCUGAUAAACUUUUUUUGCCCUGAAGACAAUCAUCUCAUUGAAAAGAAAAUUCCUGAGGGGAAAGUGUGCCAGAUAACCGGGACCAAACAGAGACAAACCAGAUGCAGUGCUUUCGCAGAAAACAUUCUGUCCUUUUGUUAUCAAUGUAACUGGACUUGUUUUUUAUCCUAUGUUAAAUGACUGAACUUCAGUUUUUACCUGUUAAAAAUAAAGACAACCUCUUUUU